AUGCCUGCUAAGAUAAAAGUUCGCAUUGUAGCUGCUCGAGAUCUCCCUGUAAUGGAUCGAUCGAGUGACUUAGCAGACGCCUUUGCAGAGGUAAGAAAUUUCUUAAAAAUCAAUAACUCAUGCAUGAUUGUUUUGUUUAUAUAAUAUUCCUUUUGAAUUUUUAAAUAUGUUGUUACAUGAAAUCAGUUCAACGAGGAAGCCUUAAAGAGUUGUAUAAACUAACAGAAGAGCUAAAUUUUGCGUUAAAACUAUUUCUUGUAUUAGGUUCGUCUUGGUAAUGUGCUGUAUAAGACAGAUGUGUGUAAGAAGUCACUCAAUCCUCAGUGGAACUCGGAGUGGUUCAGAUUUGAGGUAUAAACUUCCAUUGUUAACAAUGAUGGAUAUAAUUUAUCAUAAAAAUAAUUUUUUUGGAAAGCUUUAAUUUAUCAUAACUGAUCAUCUUUUGGCUAGGCUGAUGAUGAAGAGAUUCAAGAUGAACCUCUGCAGAUCAGGUAUAAUGAAUAGUUGUGUAAAUGAGGAACAUACAGCUGUAGCUAGUUGAUUCUACCUAAACAGCGACCUCUCUAAGACAGACACAUUCUUUUAUAUGAGCUCUUAAAGUUAGCCCUUUAACUCCCAGAUAAAAUUUGUAAUUCUCCUCACUGUCAGCCAUACAGUUCUUAUAAUGUUUGUUCUGAGAAUUAAGUAUGGUAUCAACUGAUUAUCCCCAAAUCGAUAUUUUUCUUAACUCUCAUCACUUAUCUGGUUGAUAUUGUAUUGAUAUUAUAAGGAGAAAUUCUGUCUUGGUCACUCAUGGUAGUUAAAGGGUUAAGUGUUGGGAGUGUUACUGCUUGAGGGUUGAAUCUUACCAACCUGACCUGACUGGGCUAAUAAUGGUCAGGGGCUAUUUCUAGUUUUUUGGGCAUGCUGCUCCCCUUUGGAUGGGGUGGAGGGAGGCACAGUGGUCUUAUAUGGUUAGUGCACUGGACUCAAGGUGUAGUGGUUCAGGUUCAAGACCAACCUUGCUCCUAAGGUCUCUCUUCUUCCCUUUCUUUUGGGAAGAGAGAGCAAGAGGAAGGGAAGAAGAGAGACCCUGGAAACAAGGUUGGUUCAAGAUCUGGCCAGGUCAUUGUGUUGUGUUCUUAGUCUUAGAACUUUAGUCCGCAGUACCUCUCACCGCCCAGGAUUAUAAAUGGGUAACAGUAAAUCAUCAGAGAAGUCUGAGGGAUAUCCUUUUGAUAGACUGAUCCAGGUGGAGUGAUAAAUAAUCUUCUUUGCAAUGCUUCAUGGGGAUAGGCUGUGGCUGGAUGGGUCACUCGACUUGAAUACAGAAUUUACCACUAGAUGGGAUGCUAAUCCCCUUUCUCCCGUCUCCCCUCCCCCCUCUCACCUCUCACAUCCCCCUUUCCUAGAAUUUCAUUUCAUGGGUAGAAAAAGACAUCACAAAAUGAAUCCAAAACUGGAUUAAUCUUGAUCAGGGUUGGAAAAAAAAGAUGUCUUUGCAUGCAGUUUAGUUUGCUGAACAAUCUGAAUAUUAGCUUACAGCAUCUACAACCAGUUAAGAGUAGCACAAUUCUUAACUUUGAUUGAAAACCCCGAAGGUACUAGAAAAGUAGUGCCAUAUAUGUAGGUGUAUUUUAAAUUCAUUUCACAUUAAGUUGUGAUUUAUAUUAAUUUUUCUGUUAUCCAGAAUCAUGGACCAUGAUACUGUGACUGCCCAUGAUGCUAUUGGAAAGGUGAGUUUCUUUCUUUAUCAUGGCUCCAAGCUGCAACCCUUUUGGUUGCCAUGAUGUAUAAGAAAAAAAAGUGGCUUCAAUUUGGCCAAAAAGCUUUACUUUUCUAGGAUUUCUUUUCAUUACUAUAUUUGAAGUUUUGCCAAAAUUUGUCUUUUUCUCCUUAUUUGUCCUAAUAUUAAGUCUUUACUAGAUGUCCUAAAAAAAGAUUCAUCUUUUCCCCUGGUAACUGAAAUGUUAUUCCAAGAGAGAAUUUUAUUAUUUCAUGUCCCUAAAUGGCCAUUUUAAAAAUAGUACUGUUGGGUGCCUUGUUGUAAUUUUUCUUACCUAAACUGUGAAAUGUAACUAAUACAAGAUAACACUCCAAAUGGAAAUAGGCAUGAUCAUCAUUUUUCUUUGUUAUCUCUUUUUUAAGGUAAAUAUAAGUCUAGGUCCUCUGCUAACGCAAGAUCCACCAGGGAGUAUUGAUGGGUGGUUUCCAAUUUAUGACACAAUGCAUGGUAUGUUCUUUAGUUUUCCAAGGAAUAAUUCCCUGAAAUACCAGCAAAAUAUUUAUAUAUCAUAAUCCUUACAGUGGACUUCUUGUUUCACUAUGAGGUAGGGCUACACUCAAAACGUCAGCUCUGAAACUCUUUGCAGUGGCCAAUUUACAUUAUCAACUUGAAUGAUAAAACAAAAUUGUCGUUUUACAGCAGACGUCUGCCAAAUAUGUGAUGCAUAUUAUUUACAGCCUUCCAACCCUUUGUGCUCUAGGAGUGACAAGCAUCUAAUUUCUCCUUGCAAUAUCACCCCAGAAUCCAACAUUAAGGUCAUGAGUUGUGAGAAUGAAGGAAAUAAUCACCUACUAAAAGAAACUCUAGACUGUUGAACAAAUUCUUCUUGAGCAUCAGCAGCUUAGGAAAUGAAAGGAGAACAGUAUAUAGAAUAUGGAUACUGAUUCUAGGGUAUAAAAGGUUAACCAGUAGCAACUUCUGUCAGUAGUAUAUUUAAAUGCAAAUAUUGAAACCAAAAAUAAAAUAAUUAUGAUCUUAGUAAUGUGCAACUAUUUUAGAAAAACUUAAUAUUUAUUUCUGAAUUUUCAGGCAUUCGUGGGGAAGUGAGUGUUAUUGUUAAAGUGGAUUUUUUCGUUGACUCUAACAAGUUUCGACAGAGUUCAUGCGGUGUGCAGUUCUUCUAUAGUAAGUAGAAUUCUUAAAUGAUACAAUUCUUGCAUAAUUCCACAGAAUGUACAGAAGUAGAUGCCAAAAGACAGUGAAAUUAGUAUAAGUAAGUUGAUUAACAAAUCCCUUUAUAUAUAAUAUGAGCAGACAAUUUGCUCGUAUUAAUUGGCCAGAAAUUACAGUAAAUGAAUACAACCAUUUUCAGCAGACCCAAGCCUUAAUGUUCAUUUUAACUAAAAUUUGUCUUGCAAGGUUAUGAUAUAAUUAAAAGUAUGAGAGAGGUUAUCUGAAUUUAAUUGACAGUAUCUAAAAAUCACUUAUCAAGCCCUAAUCUUGCAAGGAUAUUUCCUGAGUUCCUAUUAGUGAUGAUGUAUCAAAUUCAAGAAUGCUAGCAAGGGUGUCUCAAAACAUUACAAACUUUAAUCAAGAGGAAGUUGUUUUUUCUUCUUGUCACAAGCAUGAGACAAAGAAAACUUUGGAGUCCCCAUAACCUCAAUCCUUCAGAUUCUGUGCUCCGAUGCUUUUUUCCACUGAGCCACAGAGACUCUACAGUGAGAGAGGUCUAUUACGAAGUUCAUAUGACACAAGUCCUGCAUACUUAAUAUGUAUUUGUAUAUUAUAUUUGUAUCUUAUAUCUUAUAUCUUAUUGCUUCUUUUUACUGUAUGAAAAAAUGUAAUUUAAGGUAAAGGGCAUCUAAUUAGCUUGCUAUAUUAUGCCCUUCUCCAUCCUCUUAUCUUACUUGUAAUUAUUCAUUAGACUCUAAUCUGUUGAAAUGGAGGAAAAAAUAAAUACCACAAAAAAAAAAUUAUAUCAGCAGUGUCAACAGCCUCAUGUUUGUAAAUAGAAUAAGAGAGAUGUAAGGGCAUCGGAAUGCAGAAUCUGAAGGUCUGAGGUUUGAUUCCUCAUGGGGACUCAGAAUUUUUUUCUUUGUCCCACACUCAUGACAAGACUAAAAAACAACUUUCUCUAUUUCUUUAUGGAGUUAAAAAAUCACAGUGUAAAAUUUGAACUCUAUAUUUCAGCUUGUUCUGUCCCAUCUGGCCAUAAAGCUCUAGCUAUUCAUGGUUUUGUUGAGGAGCUGGUUGUUAAUGAUGAUCCAGAAUAUCAGUGGAUUGAUAAGAUCAGAACACCAAGAUCUUCUAAUGAAGCACGGCAGAGACUAUUUACCAAACUUUCAGGUUCAUGAGAAUCAUUGAUCUUCUGUUAAUCGUAAACACUUCCACAGACUUUCUUACAGGAAAAAAAAUAAAAUUAAACUUACAUAUAUUUUGUGGAGUUGGACUCACAAAAAUUAUUGAAGCCAGGAGUUUCAACAACUUUUUCCAUGAGCGGCUGCUAGAGGUACUAGAGGUAUAAUAGGUUGCUCUGCCUGGAAAAGAAACUGUAAGGCCAAAUGAAACUCAAGAGCCUGCUUGCAGGCUAAACAGAUUGCAGUAAGAUGUGUGUUAAGCGCCAGUAGACUACCAGAUACUGGCUUUUAUUGAAAUCCCUGAGAAGUAAAUACUUUUGCCACAAAGGACUCUUUGUUCAUACUUACUUAUCACUUACACUUAACAUUUAUUAGGUUAUUGAACAAACUAAUCAUAAAUGAUCAAUUAAUACAAAUGCAGAGAAUUAACCUUCCAAAGUGUAAUUAUGUAUUAUUUUUUCACUGCAAAAUUACCAAGACUUGGUUACCAAUUUUUCUCUAAAUAGGAGAACUGCAAAGGAAAAUUGGUCUUAAAGUUUUAGAGGCUGGAGGAAAUGCUGUUAUUGGGUAAGAUGUUCACUUUUUACAAGAAAGGAAGUUUUUGUUGAGUUAAGAUAUGGUGCUUUAACUUAACCCUUUCACUUCAAAGAUCUCAUCAAUAAUUCUCCCUUAUUGACUCUCUCAUAAAAUUUUAAUAAUGUUCGUUUGGAGAAUCUGGUAUUGGAUCAAAUAAUAAUCCCCACAUGAUAUUUUUUGUUAUUCCCAUCACUGGUCAUUCUUUGGAGUUAAUGGGUUAAAUCUGCACAUGACUUGUCUUGAUUAUAAGUUCUAAUAUCUCAGGUAGUGUACUGUAAUGCCCAGAGUGAAGCUGGCAUGGGUUCAUUGUUUUCAUCUUGCUCUUUCACUUUCUUUUGGUCAGUUAUCGGCAGUGUUUUGACCUGGAGGGUGAAUAUGGAAUUGUAGUGCGAGGUAUUGGGACUGCUGUGACACUAGCCAGUGUUCUUACUGCAGUGAGUGCCAAUUCACGCCCAUCAACACCUGUCCAUCCAUUAACUUCGUCAGGAGAAGUUGGUCCUGGAAGCCAUGUCUCAGACUCAGGGUGAGUUGCUCAGUGAAGUGUGAUGGUCCCUUAUUCUAUAGCACCCAGCAAUCUUUCAGGAGAAGAAACUUUUGAUAUGUUAUGUGCAUAAUCAAUCAAUUCAGUUGGAGGUUACCUCUGAGUUUUGUGUGCUUACUGUGCAUGGACCUUGCAAUCUGUGAAAAAUCAACACAGUAAGAUACAGCAAUCAGUGGUAGACAAAUAAAGGGGGUAAGUUUCUACUGUAGAGAAACUGCAGUUGUGCUUUAUCAGUGGAGGUAUUACUGACAAGACAGUUUGGUUUUAUCAGCUGACAGAGUUGUUAAAAUGUAAACAGGUUCAGGGAAAGAGUUUCUGAAGCUGAUGUUUUGAUCAAAUAGAAGAACUGUGGAUUGUGUGUGGUUUAUACAUAGAAAGAUGAUGCCACUCUGUUGGUGUAAACAUGGUAACAUGGAGGACAUAAGUUAGAAUAAAUUGAUGAAUGAAAAGCAUCUGUUGAUACUGUGGAGAUUAAGAGUACUGAUUUUAAUGAUAUAUUUUUGUUCUGGAGUUUUACAAUAAUAUCUCUAUAGAUGGAAAUAAGUGGGCCAAAUGGAAAAUUUUUUUGGCCAUCUCUCACUCUCUCUCUCUCUGAAAUUUCAGCCUCCACCACCUAUGAUCAUGAUAAUGAUGCAAAUUGACCUCUUUUGUUAUGGCAGGCAUGAUAACAUUAUCAUAAAUUCUUUUAUUUUCUUACAAAUUAGUAUUCUUGGCCUAAUGCUUUGGAGCAAAAAUUUUGUUGUUUUUAAGCAUGUUAGCAGUAAUCAGAGACUAAAAAGGCGUGAUCAUAUAUGAUUUUAUAUGAGAUAUGAAAGAAUAUGUGAGGCCCAUAAUUUAGAGUUAAGGUUUGUGUGAUGUGCAGUUUUUGAUAAAAAAUUUUUUUCCAGGUUUAUCUUCCCAGAAACACAGCAAAGCUUACCAGUUCCAUCUACUAAAGUUGUGACUCCCUCCCGUCGCCGUAUUUCAUCUUCUGAUUCUGAUCCAAUACCAGAUUCUCCCCCAAAAGGUAAAAUAUAUUCAAAUAUAAUAUGGGCUCCUGAUGGAAAUUAUGCCACAAGAGGAUUUUUUUCAAGAAUUGUGAAACUCAUUUUGAGUGUUACAUGAUACUGUGAAGACAAUAUUUUACAUACCUGGUUUUUUGUUCAUAUUUAGACCGUGUCGCUCUUCUGGCAAGCAGUGCAGGAGUUGAUGGUAGUGGUAGUAGUGCAGGGGGAACUUCUUUUCCCAGAGCUAAGGGAAUUUGGCAGUCAGUCAUUCAAAAACAGAAAACUGUGGAAGAUCUGGUAAUUUUACUACUAAGAAUGUUAAGUAAAAUUUAAAAAGAAAUUUGGAAAAUAUUAGAUUUGUACUUCUCAAUGACUUAUUAGGGGGCUAUGUUUUUUUUAUUUUGUCAAAUGAACAUGGUCAGAAUAAGCUGAGAAAUACAAUUGUUUAAAGAUAUAUUUUCAGCCUCUCAAAUGCAUUUAGUGUUUUUUUUUCUUCUCCUUAAAUUGGGAGUGCAAGGAAAAAAUAUUUGCAGAGUGUGAGUUGCAUUUAACAUGCAGGACUGAUUUACAUGCAGCAUGCUAUAGAUAUUUUUUUCUGGUCAUGUAUGAUGCAAGAUUGGCAUCUGCCUUGUGCCUUUCUACUUGUGAGUUAUGUGUUGUGUACACUUGAUACUCGUGGCUCUUCACACCUAUAUGCAUCAGAAGAGUGUACAAUACAAAGUGGCUGGACUUUCACAACACUGAUGUUUGAUGCAUGAUGAUGCCAGUUUGUAUAUUAGACUGAUUACAGACUGAACCAAUGAACUAUAUCUUGUAACCCUCAAACUAACAGAGGGGAUUAAAUAUAAUUAUCUUUCUCCUCAAUAUUAAAACAAUUUCAAGCAAAUGCUGGAAGAUGAUAGAAAAACAUGACAUGUACAGGUAGAGGGUGUCAUCUUGAACUAAAAUAAAAUUCUCUUCUAACAUCCCCCUAACAUAAGCAUCCAUAUUCUCCAUACUCUUCUUAAUUCAUUUCCCUUGGCACUGAGAAGGAGAAUUUGUAUGACAAUCACAGCUUCUAAGGUUGGCGAUCAUUUCCUUUAUUCUCAUGAUCUUAAUGAAUAAUUCAGUAGCAUAACUGAAAGGAGAAAUUAGAUACUGGUCACUCCUGGAGUUUAAAGGGUUAAGUUACAACUUAUAAAGGAGUUUAUGCAAUUCAAUGGGGAAAUUUAAACAUGGUAUUUGGAGUUAAAAUCCCCAGACAUGGAUGAUGACUUCUGAGGUAUAUUAUUUUACAGUGAUUAAUAAAAAGCAAAAAAUAUAUUCAUCUUUUAGUAUGAUACUUUAAAUUUCAGGAGUUUCCUUUCUUCACCAUCACAAAAUUCCCUCCUGGUUUCCUGAGGCACAUUGGUGGAGUUGUAACUGCAAGAUCAGUGAAGCUUCUGGACAAAAUCAAUCAUCCAGGUACAAUUUGAAAACUGCAAUUCAGAGUAUAACAAAUAAAAUCUCUUCAGUGUAAAAUUUUCUCUACCUUUUUUUUUCAGCUUCUGAAUCACUCUUUCCUCUGAAUAGCUAAUUUAUCAUACUGCAGCCAUAUAGCAUUAUCUUAGUAUAUAAUUUACAGUGAACUGCAGUGUAAGCUCUGAUAUGGAAUAUUAGUUUGAUUUCCUGUCUUACAGAUGAACCAGAAACUCGCGAUGCAUGGUGGAGUGAAGUGAGAAUGGAAAUUCGAUCUCAUGCCAGAGCUCUUGCCUGUCAUGCCGUGGUGGGAUAUUAUGAAGUUACUAGCAUAUGGUGAGCAAUUUUAACCCUUUACACCCUAACAUCAGUAUCCAUGUUCCAUGCUCUUCUCUAUAAAUUUUGUUUGACAUGGACAAGGAGAAUUAACUUUUAACAUUCAAAACUUCUUAGGCUGGCAAUUAUUUCCUUCAGGUUAUUCUCAUGAUUUAAUGAAUGAUCCAGCAGUACUACUGUAAAGAGAAGUGAAACGUUGGUUACUCUUAGGGUUUAACCCUUGAACUCCCAAGAUCUGAUUGUUAAUUCUCCCCUCUAGCUGCUUCACAUUUCCUUGUAAAUAAGUCAUGAGAAUUUUGUGUUAGAUCAAGACUACUAACCUCUACCUGACAAGUUUGAGUAUUCUCUUUACAUGUUGGGUGGAUAAUGUGUGGAUGUUACAGGGAGAAGUUACAUGUUAAUCACUUGUGGGGAAUUAAUGGGUUAAAGGGUUUAGUCUUCUUCAGUACUUUUCAUUCUCUCUUUUCUAUGAUAUCUGUUGAACUUUCAUUCUGUGACUAUAACUAUCAUGAUUAUUGAUACAGAUGUUACUUUGCAGUGAUGAGCUAAUAGUGCUAUCAGCAUCAGGAACAGCAGCAUGUAUAGACCUACAACUGGCUACAGGAGAACCUACUGGAGUUGGUCUUGGCAUUCUCUGUAUGUGUAUGGUUACUUUAAGUUUACAUCAGUAGAAAAACACUUAAGUUAGCGAAAUUCACAGACUGAUAGCAUAGUAUUUUUGGGCUAAAAUUAAUGUUUUAAAUGCCAUGAUUAGUUUAGAGUGCAGCUGGGCCUACAAUGAGCAGCAAAACCCUAAGUGCACUCUACUACCUUUUGAAUUUUCCUAUAACUUUCACUAGCUUAUCCCCUCCUCUCCUCCAUUUCAAUAUUUACUAGAGAUAAGGAGGGGGACUUUCUAGAGAGGAAUUGGAAGUUAGAUUUCUGUUCAUUAUACUAAGUAGAGGGUUGUUGGCCACCCAGCAAGGGAAGGCAUGUCAGCUUCUUUUGCCACUUACCAAGCAGAACCACACAUAAUGUACUGAUAAACAGCUUUGAUGGGAAAAGAGCAAGCCAUAUUUAAUGAUUCUGGCUUACAGGUUUUGGCAGCUAGGAAAAUUGCAUUGAAGGUAUUUUCUUGUAUCCUAGCUUUUGUCUUCACCAGCAGCUAGCACUGCCUUCAAUUCUAAUUGCUGAACAUUUGUUUAAUUUCUUAUUAGCACCAGUUGCAGAAAAAGGCUCGGCUGUACCAUCAGGUUUGGCAAGUCACACAGAAAAUGUAGACCCACUGCAAGUGGAUGUAGGAGAUCAUGAUGGGUGAGUAGAAUUGUCAGCUUGGCAGAAAUUGACAGGGAUGCUGGCUGACAAACUUUAGACAGAAAAGAAUUAUAUUCCCUCUGAAAUGAUCUAACACAUGCAAAAGGAAACUUUUAAAACCCUUUAGUAUGGUCUAGAGAUGAUUUAACCUGGCAACUUAUGUCACUCAGUCUGUUGGAAACUUUGUAUAUGCAGUUUUUAGGGUCCUAGAGAUUCAUCAAGAAAGGUAGAUUAGCAAAAGUGAAUAUGAUUUUUCUUUUUCACAUUGAAUAAACUCAGGUUGACAUUUGGUGAUGAUCCCAUGUCUACUUCUCCUGGAUCUGGCUGUUCAAUGUGCCACAUCCCUUAUUCUGAUGUAGACUUACCAUUUCCUAUAUCACUCACAAAAUGUCAAGUUUGUAGGUAAGGCUCAGUUAAAGAGAUAAUAAGAUUGCUAACAAAGAGGGUUAACAUAUUCUCAUUUUUGCAUCAAGAAUCUUACUGUGCAUGAAAUAAGCCAUGAUUGUAGGAAAUGUGGGGGCUUAAUCCUUUAACUCCCAAGAUCUGAUCAUAAAUUCUCCCCUCUAGCUGCUACACAUUUCCUUGUAAAUAAGAUACAAGAAUUUGAUGUCAGAUCAAGAUAAUAACUUUGAUCUGAUAAGUGUGAAUAUUCUCAUGACCUGUUUGCUGGAUAAUCUUAAUUUAUUAUAGGGAGAAGUUACUUGUUAGUCACUUCUGGGAGUUGAAAGGUUAACCAUUUUACCCCCAGGAGUAAUCGAAAAGAAAUAUCUCCUAAUAAUGUUGAAUAAAAAGAUAUUCAAGAUAAAGGGCGAUGGGAAGAAAGGAAAUUAUAAAUUUGGGUACAUUGUUUGAUUUGACACCAAAUUCUUGAGGCCAAUAUGUAUGUAUGGAGUACAGUGCAGAGAAUUGAUAUUCUGAUCUUCAUUGUUGGGUGUUAAAGGGUACCAAAUGGUUGGUGCAUUUAACUCUUUGAAAGAUCUGGCCUGCAGACCCAGUCUUCAUCAUUAUGUUGUGCAAGCAAGACUCACUUUACCUCUCCCCACUCAAGAGUAUAAAUUGCUCAUUUACUAUUGAUCAGGGGAGUUCAACCAAACCUGUGGAGAAAUUAGUGGUAUCUUGCCAUGAAUUGGUGUAUCCAAUCCUGGCAGUGUUAGUUGUAAUAUUUCCUUGUAUGGUAUGAUAAGAACACUCAAUGGUACACUUUAUUUUAGCAAUCACUUUUUUUAUAGCUAUUAUUAGAUAAUCUUUUUUGCACUCAGACUCAAGAAAGUUCCUGAUGUAAUAUUUGCCACAACUGAACCACCAGUUGAAUCACCCAUUGUUGGCAGAGGCUGUCUUCUCCAGGCUCGGUAACCAUUUUGUAUUUCUUUUAAUUAACCAGAUUUUAAAAUUUAUCAGAUGAAAACCAAAUUAUAUAAGAUAGCACAACAGAAUUAACUUACUGAUUAGUUUAAAUGAGUGAUUUUAAUUAUUAUAUUAAUAAAAUUUAGGAGUUUUUGUGAUUCUCAGUGUAGGAAGAGGAGAUGUGAACUGUAAAAUAUAUUUGUCCAAUAGUACAAUUUUAGAGACAAACUCUGGUUUUGUUACAGCAUAUCUCUUAUAGCAAGUGAGCUGCCAAUGUUGUUAUUUGUAGACUUGAGAUGUUAGGGUAUAACCAGUUGUCAUUAUGUUACUUGGAUAAAACAGACUUAAUCACUCUCAGAGGGAAGAUUCAGGGGGUAACCUUCACUGACUGUUGUUAUAUGGGAUGCUUGUGGCAAACUGCGUAAAAAAAUUUGCUUGAGUGCUUUCAUAGUCAGAUAUAGAAAUCAUCCACAUGCUUGUCGUGAAGUUGAAAACUGUCAUAUCACUUACCACUAUUUGACACACAUGAUGUCUUUAUUUUGGUGCAAAAGUUAAUCAGAAAAGCUCAUUCAGAUUUCCCAAUGCAAAAAUAAUUUCCCUCCUCUGAAUUACUGAAUUCUCAGUUCUUAUUACACAUGACAUUCCUUAGCACUUUUACCUGAUCCCUUAUGAUUCUUAGUCAGCUUCAGGGAUCAGUGAUAUUUGCAACUUAUCUUUAGUUCACAUUUCACACAAACAGCAGCGUUCCAUGGAAACGUCCUCAGACAUCUUGUUGAUAUUACAUUGAAUGAAUGUCUUUGAUGAUGUUUAUUAUCUGAUCUAUUCCAGUGUUUGUAGAACAAAAAAGAAAGAGAAAGGUGAAGCCAAUGCAGAUAUUGUUAGUACUGUAAGUAAAUACACUGACUACAUUACACAUGCUUAACAGUUCAAAAACGUUUUUAACCUGUGGCUCAUGAUGUCUCUUCAUACUCAGUGUCAUUUGGCAUGUCACAUUGAACCCUUUGACCUCAAGAGUGACUAGCAUCUAGUUUCUCCAUAUAACCUCACCCCUGAAUCAUACAGUAAGGUCAUGAGAAUAAAGGAAAUGAUCUCCAACUUAAGAGGCUCUUGAUUGUAAAACAAAUUCUCCUUGUCAGUACCUAAGGAAAUGUAUAGCUAUUAAUAUGGAGAAUAUGCAUACUGAUGUUAGCGUGUAAGUGGUUAAACAAUUAAAUAUUGUUUUACAUAUACAUUUGUUCAGGGAACUAGAACAAGGGAUAAAUUUAUAGUUAUUACCCUGAUAUCUUCCAACCAGUUAAUAUCUUGUCAAGGGAACUGUUUCAAAGGAGAUUGUAUUUUGGUUCCUUGCUUUACUUCUUGUACUUUAUCAUUGUAUUCAUGACAUUGCCUCUCUACUUCCAGAUCUUACCAUUUCUAGAGUAUGAACUUCACCAACAGCUGUUAAACAAACUUAAGGUAAGCUCAGCCAUGUGUUUGAAGUUUUUUUGCCAACAUCAAGUUGGAUUGAGACUUCUUUGGACAGUCAUAAUGUACUGAUAAGGCCUUGAGUAUCUUUUUCCUUACUCCUCAUAUCGGUUCAUAGGCAAAUGGUGUUUUCUGUUCUUAUGUCUUAAUUACUGGCUUUACAGGUUAAGGGGAUGAAUGCAUUGUUUAGACUUCAUCUCCAGAUAUCAGUAGGAGAGAGCCUGAUCAUUGGAACUGCAGUAAGCUCUUUGUUUUUUUCUAAUAAUAGAAAAUAACUAUUGACAGAGGAAAUUUAGAGAGAUGAGAGCUCUUUGCAGAAGUGAUGCCCUUGACACUUGACCUUCACUUAGGAGGUUCUUGUUAGUCUUGGAACAAUCUCUACUGUCAUCAUUGUAGUGGCUGUCACCAGUAGUGCUGUGUUAAUUGUGGUUAUACAUGUCAAGUUAAGUGAUCUCACAGCUGUCAGUUUAUGGUCUGCUCCAACUUGUGUAGCAUCCUGCGCUACAAUGUUCUUCCAUUAUUUACAGCAUCUUGUCAGCUACUACUUUCCUCUCCUUAGCCUUCUGUUUAUCAUAGCUUUGAGUAGUCUUUUCCAAACCAUUCAUUUGAUCCAAUAAUAUUGGACAUAGAUUUAGAGGAUUCUUUGAAUUUUAACAAAGUGAAUUGUUCAGUACAACGGAAUUUAAAGAACAAUUAAUUUUAAUAAAUCCUUGACAUAACAAGAAACCUUGAAAGCUGCUUUUGCUAAGAGUUAAGUUUUUAUUCCAAGGUAAGAGUAUUAUUGAAAACUCAAUAUUUGGUCAUUUUAUUGCACUUCCAGUAAGAGGUGUUCAUGUGAAUGACGGUCAACUCGGUUUGGUGAUGUUUAGUUUGCUUUAUUUGCCUUGAGAUCCUUAUAAACUUUGUUGCAAAUAAAAAGAAUUGCUUUUUACUAAAGAUUAUUGAAAACUCAAUAUUUGGUCAUUUUAUUGCAAUAACUCGCAUCCAGUUAAGUCAUUGGUGUUCCAAUGUUCACCAAUGUUUAAGCUUCUGUUUGGUUAAAUUUAUACCACUUUUGGUGCUGAGGUUCUUCAUUAAAUUUUUUCCCCCCCAGUCCUCUACUGCAGUUUUUCUGGCGGCUUUGCCCACACCACCAUUACUGAAGAUUACUGGACGGGUAUGUUACUCAGUCAUUUCAUGCAGGUGUACAUCAAAUGUUUUACAUUGUGUAGCAUUAUUGCCUAAUACAUGAUUGCAAGUUAUAUUGCCAUCCAUAUUGUUCUCUAUAAAUUUUUUAAUGGUGCGGAUAAGGAGGAUUUGUCUAACAAUAAAAAACUUCUUGCGUUUGUGAUCAUUUCCUUUAUUCUCAUGACCUUAAUGUGUAAUUCAGGGGUGAUACUGUUGGGAGAAAGGAGAUGCUUAUAAGGGUAAGGAAGGGUGUAGCCAAUCCUAAGGUUUGAGGGUGGGGUGGCUCAUCAGUGUGACAUGGGUCAUUGUAUUGCAGUGACAACCAUGGGCAGUCAACAAACCUAGUCCAAGAGCACUUAACUCUUUUAGCCCCAAAAAUGAUAAACUUGCAACUUCUCCUUAAAAUUCCGCCAUGUUAUCCUGAAAACAAGUAAGGAGAAGAGACAGUCCAAUCAUUUAGAGGGUGUUAUGUUUGUAACACCAAAUUCCCCUGCCUUACUUACAUGGAACUGUAUGGCAGUCAGUUGGGAGAAAUUUGGAUCUUGGGGCCUUAGCAGCUUAAUCCAGAGUUCAAGGGGAUUCCUCUUUAGCACAAAUGUUUUUCAUUGAUACAUUAUACAGAGGACAAAGCUAAGUUUAGCGCUAUAUUGUAUUGUCAUCUACAACAGCGUCUAUCUGCUGAAGAAGAUAAAAGAAUUGCUGAGAUCCAGAAACAAAUUGUGGAAACAACCAACAAGAACAGGGCCACUUUCAAACUUACAGACACUGUGCAUUUAGUAAGGAUUUUAAACUCUUUAGUUCCUAGAAAUGAUUAACAUGUAACUUCUCCCCAUAAUAUCCCUACAUUAUCCAGCAAACAGGCAAUGAGAAAACUCAAAUUUAUCAUGUAGAAGUUGUUAUCUUGAUCUGUUACUAAAUUCUUGUUACAAAUUCACAAUAAAAUGUGUAGCAGCUAUAGGGAAGAAUUAACUAUCAGAUCCUCCCAUUUGCUUUUUUUUGUGCACCUGUGAUCCACCCCAUUUCAAGUGCAUCAAAACACCCACAGCCAGAUAAAGAGCCUUGCUGCUGCUGCUGCAAAAUUGCGUUAAAGUUUUUUGUGAGUUCUUCUUGUAGCUUGGAAAACUCCUGAGUAGAGUCAUGCAUACUUUGUUGGAUUGGACCUAUCAACUUGAUAAUUCUCAAAAUGUCUAAAUUAUUUUUUGAAAAAUGAUUAAGAAUUAACAAAUUGGUUCUCAGGUAUGGGAGUGGUUGGUAGAAAGAGUCUAAGUUAUGCCAAUGGUUUUUGGUGGGUUGGUGGCUGAAGUGUGAAGAAGGACAUUAAGUAGGUGUCAGUAAGCUACACUGAUUUAUAAAUGUCCCCACCUUAUUCCAUUUGGUCUGUGAUUUCUAUAUAUAUAUAGGUCACUUGAGUGAGUUGUGUAUGCAGCUUUUUCUUAGUAGUAUUGUUGUCUUUGCAUCGCAACUAAAGACAAGUGUUUUUAGCUGCACAAUUACUCACAUGCAUUGGUUUUUUCAAAGGCUAGCUUUGUCGUUGGUUGUCUAAACAACAGAUAAAAAGUAACAUAACAUAUAGCAGCAAAUUCUGUCAGUGUUAAUUCUCAACAUCAAGUGAAAACUGAAUCCAAUCAUGACUCUGGUAUCUUAUUGGCAUUCCCAAAGAUGAUAACCAAGAAUACUAAAGUGGAUAGAUCAUUUAUUAGUGUUGCCCCUUGACUUCAGAAUAUUCUCCUGAGUUCAAUAUGAUCUAUUUUUAGUUUGAAUAUAUUUUUAAAAAAACUUUAACUAUUUUCUUUUAAGGAAGGCCACAAUACUUUUCAUUUUAAGUCAGUUAGUCCAGAUUCAUUAAUAAUGAAAAAAUUUAAUGUGCAUCGUCAUGCACUGUUUGAGAAGCUAUUUUUAAAACUUUGAAAUUGUAAUUUUCUAGCCUUUCUUAAUGAGUUAUUUCAAUCAGACAUUGUAAUAAGGCACACUUGAAUAUGUGACUGCAUAGAACCUGGGUAGUAUAAAUCUCUUUUAGUUAUUAAUAAUUAUUAUUAUUAUUGUAAGUUGUUAUUUUAAUUAAAUAUGAGGAAAUUUUACUUGCAGCACACUCCUAAAGCAACACCACCUCCCAGUCCAUCACAGAAUGCUCAGUCUGUUCUCGUGGCUGAUAUAGACCUGGAUGAGGGUCCUAAGGCAGAGUUAGACUUGUGCACAGGGUCCAAGGAUGCAUAUGUUGUAGAGGUAAGCUGGAUGUCAGGGCUCUCAGUCCCAGGGUUAACCUAGUUGUAUUUAUUUUUGUUCACAGUGCUCCAAGCUGCAACAGAGUUUGUUGUAUUCAGCAAAAAUUGUGUCAACCAGAUAUAUAGCUCAACCCUUAAACUCCCAGAAGUGAUUAGCAUGUAACUUCUCCCCAUAGUAACCAUACAACAUUCAGCAAACAGGAAAUAAGAAUACUCAAACUUAUCAGGUAGAGAUUGUUAUCUUAGCUUGAUCUAAUGCCAAAUUCUCAUAUUAACUAAUUUACAAGGAAAUGUGUCAUAGCUAUAGCAUAGAAUAAACAAUUAGAUCUCUGGAUUUCAUUGGUUAAGUCAUUAAUUUGGCCACCCAUAUUCCAAGGUCAUGUAGCGAGCUUUAAUUUUAUUAUUUCUUAGUAUGAGUGACCCAAAGUUAAGCAGAGGUAAACAUUUGUGUUGAAUAUCAUACAUACAUCAUCAUUUUCUUUAAUUUAUACAAGUUUGCUUCUUUGUUUCCUUGAUUGUGCAACCACUAUAACCCAUGAACCUUGUCAAUACUUUAAUUUUUGGUAUUUCCUUAUUAUUCUAAAAUUUUGGAGGCAUGCCUACACACUUUCAGAAUAUAACAUCUGCUUGUUAGGUUGAUGACAAGAAGGAUGAAGAUGUGGUGGCUGUUUUGCUGGAUGAGCCAGCUCCUGAUGGUAAGUGUAAUGUAUAGACACAUAGACAAGGAUGAAAUUAAUAUGGAAGCAGCCUAAGUCAUGCUCAGCAUUCCUGAUCUUACAUAUGAUCCUCUGCAACAUAUAAAUAUGCAUGCAUGAACUUAGAAGCAGCUCUCUUAUGGCUAGCAUGUGAGAUCAAGAGGUGGGGAACUGAGUUUUGGACAGUCAAUUUUUGUGUUCUUGAGUAAAUUUGUAAUAGCUUCAGUGCCCCUUUGCAUGGUACUAUUAUAAUAAUAGCAUCAACAAUAGUCUUAACCCUUUACACCCAAAAAUUGAUAUUCAUAUUCUCCACUCUAACCUCUUUACAACUCACAUCAAGUCUUGGUGUACUAACAAAGGUACUGGCACUUUUGAUUGUCAAUGUAUCUUUUCAAUUUGAUUAACGCCUUCCCCUUCCCAGGUUGUUAUUCCUGCAAUACUGAAACACUACCUGGUGCAGUUCAUCUCAAAUCAGGAGUAAAGGUACAAGUUAGAACUAUCAAAUGUGCCGUUGUGUGUCAAUUACAAUAGGCCAUUUUACAAUUGUGUACUUGGUUGCCAAGCCUUUGAUUUGGAGUGAGGCCUAAGGUGACCUUGUUGUGAUAGUGACCAGUAUCUAGUUUGCAUGAUGACGAAGUAAUUUUGAAUUUUAAAGGCAGCAAGGUUUGUAUCAUAACAAGGUCAACCUUAGUCUCACUCCUGUUCAAAGGCUUGGCAACUAAGCACACAACUGUAAAAUGGACUAUUAUGUUGUUCUACUGUAUGGCAAUGAUAGACUUUAUUUCUGGAAUUGGUCUUAAUUAGAUGAUAACAGCAGUUCAGAGAAAAGCACUGAGUGAUGAGGACAUAAGAACAAAUCAGCAGUUUGCCAAGUUGUUUGAAGACACAAUAAAGGUUGGUACUAUACCAGUGCUUUAAUUUACUUUAUCUCUACCCAUUUAUUAGUUUAACAUCUUUGUAAAUAUUCACCAUCUCCUGGUGGAGUUUUGGACCAUCACUCAUAGCCAAUGAAGUUUUUAUUUCAUUUUCUUUCUUUUAGCACCUCUCUCCAUGGAAGAAAUGGUUGUCUGUUGCAGGCAACCCAAAGUGUCUGAGUCAGUCAAGGCUGCAUUUGUACAAAACAGAAUUUUGACUUUUCUUUUUUAUAAAAAACACAAAUUCAAAUGCAGCCAUGGGAAGCUUGUAUUCUUUGUUCAUUUUCUACUUCGUCAUCUGUCACCAUCAUAGAAAUAGGCAACAAGGUCACCUUCAGCCUCACUCCAAAUCAAGGCUUGGCAACUAAGUACGCAACUGUAAAAUGGCCUGUUCCCAUACACGUGUUGACCACCAUUUUGAUUUUUGCUUUUCAGAGUUUCUGGUUCAAGCUUCGUAGCAGAUCUCCAUGCUGUCUCUCAAAUGUACAAUUUGAUAUUGAAAUACCAGAAGAUGACAAUAUUCAGGUAACUUUAAUUUAACCCUUUAGCCUCUAAGAGUGACUAGCAUCUAAUUUCUCCUUGCAAUAUCACCCCUGAAUCAAACAUGAAAGUCAUGAGAAUAGAGAAGAUGAUCACCAACUAAAGUAGCCUUCGAUUGGGAAACAAAUUUUGCUCAUCAGCCUAUAUCAUUCUAUAUCAUUCUUUACCCAGGUGGCCGUAACAGGUGUGGCUGUUUCUAUAGGGGAAAGAGAUAGUGAUGAAGGACAUAUUUUGAAGUUAAAAAGAAACAUAUUAAGUGACAAAUGUAAGUAACAUCUAAGUUUCAUUACUGAUUCAGAUAUGGAAAGUUUGAGAGAAAAUUAGGACUGAACAUAGUUCUUGGAGUCAUGAGGGACCUCAAACAAACCACAACAGGUGACAAGGAAGAGGAAAAACAAAAUAUUUAGUGGGCAGAACAUCUGCAUGUGUGUUUCAAACUUUGUACAUUUUUAGCAAUCCUCUGCAAAAAAGUUUCUGUGGUCUGAGAAUGUAAACUCUGACAGAAAAUUAUUUAAGUUUCCAUUUGCUGUUCACAUGGGUUAUGCUGAAAGUGAGCUGUGGUGUUGUAAGAGAUGGUAAACACAUCCAGCCAUUCACGAAAUACUAACAGAAAAAUAUGAAUUAUUAUUAAUUGAUAUCUUCCUCGACUACUAAUUAUAAGGUCCUAUUGCUAGCUCUGCUGAAAGACACUGCAGACAGUUUGGUCAACAACAGAUACACCUGGAACUCUAUGUUACAGUAGUUCUAAUAUUCCUCCAAUCUUAUCCUCCACAGUAUUUCUUUUUUUUCCUGGGGUAGUCCUAGUUCAGCUAUUGAUUGCUGCAUGAUCUCUUUUCAGCCCAUUCCCGCUCUUUGCACUCUGAAAAUAUGAUGGAAUCUGAUGAUUUACUUUUUCCCAUUGAGGAGGUGGUGGACAAUGCAGCAGAUGAGAAACUAAAAUCUGAAUCAGGUGCUUUAAAGUGAAAGAAACUAAAUUUCUUCUACGUACUUCCCAACUCUCACACCCAAAGAUCAUACACAUCUACUUCAUGGUAGCAUGCUCCUGACAACAAAUUUUUCAAGCCUAGUGAAAAAACGUACACUUCUCUAUUUCAUUUUCUUAAAAUAGAUUAUGAAAAAUAGGCAUAUAUCAAUGGGAGAAAGCAAAAGUCAUAGUUUGUAAUUGAUUAUAGUUUCCCCAAUACAUAUGAAUGUAAAGGAAAGAAUACUCAGUAAAUGUUUUGUUAGAACUGUAUACAUGCAGAAUAUCUUUAAAAAUCAUCUUCAGGGUCUUUUUUAUAUGAUCCUGUACAAUCAAGCUUCAUGAGUUUGAAUAAAAAAAUUAAAGCCCUGGCUUAUAUUUCAGACCAUGUUCAACUACAGUGCUUCAAUAUUUUCAGCUUUGAAUAAGUGCUAAAAUAUUUUGCAUUACAGAUCCCAUUUCCAAAAGACGGCUUGAUUAUCCUCUAUGUGUAAAAACAAAGGUAAGCUAGAUAAUUCAUACCCAUUGGUUAAUGGCUAUCAUCCACCAUGAAAAUAAGUGAUCUACUUUUCUAUUUCAAUGAGUGACUUUCAUUUUGACAAUUAUUUCCAUUCAAGUUCUUUAAAAAAAAAAAGGAAAAAGAAUUUGGUAUUACAAACAAUUUUGAUGAUAUUUUUCAGCAGGCCCCAUAUCGCCCUGCAGUGGAGGUGACAUCAAUGUCCUACUUACCAAAUACACAAAUUGAAUGUUACCUUGGCAACAUCAACUUGUUCUUAAUAAGAGAAAGUCAUACAGUACGCGAGGUAAAGACAAAGCUUGGUUGCUAUUUUAAUGUUCCAAUUUUUGUUUCAAUAUUAUGAUCCUAUGGUGAAUAUAAAAGUAAUCUUCAGAGUAAUAAACACUACUUGAGCAAAGUGAAAAUAAGGCUUGAAAAAAAAUUCAGGCCUGUACUGGUCAUUAUGAUGGUUCCAAAUAAACUCACUGCUCAAGUAUUGUUCAUUACUGCAAAGAUCGCUUUUAUAUUCACUUCCUUAUCCACAGUUCACAUAAUUAUAUGAUUUUCAUAUAUUCACAGUCAGCUAUGAUCUUAUAAUCAAUUGUAAGUUCUAAACUUCAUAUUUCUCUUUUCAGAAUGGUGGUUUAAAUGUAUUCAUGCAAGCAUUUGUUGCUGAGGCUCAAGCAAUUCUGAGAGCACAUGUCCUAGCCAUUGGAGGAAAUGCUCUGGUGUCCUACCAGUUAAAUGAAAUUGUUUUAUUGGAUAAUCCUCAUAAACAUCAGGUGGAGUUAAUAAAUUUUUAACCCAAUUAUAAUUGUAAACACAAGGCACAUUGUCAUAGUGAAGGAAAUGUUAUCACAUCACAGUGAGAGCCACAUUCUCAGGAUGAAAGCAAAUGAUGCAUCAGACAAGCUUGCUUGAUGACAAAGUCUUUUACUUUUAUUGUUGCCAUGACCUUUGACCCCUGAGAGUUACUAGCAUCUGAUAACUCCUUACAAUAUCACCUCUGGAAAUAUCUCAUUAAGGUAUUGAGAUCAAAGGAAAUCACCAACUAAAGAAGCUCUCCACUGUUCAACAAAUUCUCCAUGUUAGCACCUUAGCAAUUGUGUAGGGAUCAGUAUUGAGAAUGUGCAUUCUGAUGUUAGGGUGUAAAGGUUUAACGUAGUUGUAAUUGAUUUUUAGGGACAAUGCUUACUUAACAUAAGUGGCGAUGCUGUCAGGGUAUUUUAUGAGGAUGAAGACAUAUUGGAGACAUCAAGUCGAGGAACACCUCGUAAAAGAACUGUCUCAUACUCGGAAGCCAAUUCUCAAACACCAAUCCAUAUUGUACGGCAGCGAUCCGUCUCUGCCUCAGAAACUUCCACUAACACACUGAUAGCAUAUGAUCCAUGCUAUGGGACAGAAAUAUAGCACAUAAAGCCUUGUAAAUACCAAGCAAACUUAGAAGGGUGAAGUAGAGUUGGCUGGCUAAACAUUCUGUUGUGUUUGCUCCUGGAACUCUUGCAAGAUUAAAGGCUCUUGUGAGUCAGCUCAAGAAAUGUUUGGACUGGUGUACAAGACAGACAAUGGAGAAGAAAUGGCAGCUUUGGAGUACUGAGAGAGUUUGGCAGUAGUACCAUUUCAAUUUGAAAUAUCUUCAAAACUGGGCUAGCUUGCAACACAGACUUUACACGAAAAACGUAGAAAUUAGAGUUGUUUCUCUGGAACUGCCAUGCAUACAGCAGCAAAAUUAACCUAUUGACUCUGAAGCAUUUUGCUUGCUUUUGCACAAAUUAUGACUUUUAGGAAACCCCUUUUGGUAGUGACUUCAAAGAACAAUUAUUUAGAGCCCCUCCAGAUUUGUUGAUUAAAUUAAAAGUUAUUUGCAGGCAUUGAGAUGAUAGUUUCUUGUUAAGUAUCACAUGAUAAAAUCUCAAUAAAAUCAAGAUUAAAG